AUGGACAACAACGAGACUCCUGCCCAGAGGCCAGUCACCCUGGACAUCACAGGGGCAGUGGAGGUUAAACCCAGCCUGAGUGAAGCCCCUAUCCCUCCAGAGCCAGCCUCCACCCUCCUACCCUCCUCUGAUGUCCAUUUCCAGGAGGAGAGCAUCGACCUGGGGGGCGAGUCCUUCAUCACUCCCGAGGAGGACAGCCACAGCACGCCCUCAGAGAGCCUGAUGGACAAGCUCAAUGACCAGAUGAUGGAGAGUGUCAUGAUCUCUGACUCCCCCAACAACAGUGAGGAGGACGAUGUGGUUCCCAUGGACAACCUGCUGGAGCAGUUUGAGGAGAGGGAGGAGGCGCCAGCAGCAGCAGUGGUUAAAGAAACCUUAGUGGAGGAAAAGAAGGAGAAGGUGGAGGAGAAAGUGGAUGAUCUGAUUGGACAAGACACUACUGAGAUCAAGAUAGAGGCUGCGAUGAUGCAGACAAGUCCAGUAGCCUCUAGCCCUGAGGAACCAUUGGAGGAUGUGAAACAGAAGCGAACCACUGAUGAUCAGGACGUUGUCACCGUCUCUGUCUCUGCUGUAACCCCAGAGGACAGCACCCCCAGCUCAGGCAGCCCCAAGCCUGAGGCAGCAGCCCUGGAGGCCAGCAGCAAAGGGACCACAUCCCAGGAUGAGACCAUCCCCGUGUGCACCAUCUUCAGCCAGGGCAGCCAGCUCAAAGCCCAGGCCCUGGUGCCGGACGGCUUCCAGCCUACCCUAAUCAAAUCUCCCAGCUUCAGUAGUGGCACUGGGGGGAGCACAGAGAUUACCCCCAGUCAGCUGGCUCCCCUGGUCUGCCAGCCCAGCCCCAGCCUCAGCAAGUUCUUCUCUGACAGUGGCCAUGUCAACCCGGCUACUGACUUCUUUGACUCCUUCACCACCUCCUCCUCCUUCAUCUCUGUCAGCAACCCCAACGCAGAGUCCCCAAAGUCAGCCGCCCCACCUGAACACCAGCUCUCUGCUUCCUCUGGGUCCUCUCUGUCCACCCCUGGGCCUACAGAGUCCGGCAUCCCCACCCCUAGCUCCUUUAUUGGGCCUACCCAGACUGAAGCCACCCCCAGGCCUCUUCAACAGGCUCCAGUAGAGACAGCCCCGGCCACAGCCCCUCCUCAGCCCUUCACCCAGCUGCAGGCAGUGUUCUCGGGGGGAGACGACCCGUUUGCCACAGCUCUGAGCAUGAGUGAGGCUGAUAAGAGGUACGACGCCUGGCUGCCCUCUGAGGAGACCAGGAAGGUGCUGAUCUCCAUGGCAACGCAGCAGUACAGCCAGGUGUUUGUGGAGAGGGAGAGACUGGCCAUGCCCGGACUCAAGUUUGACAACCUGCAGGUGGGUUAGCUUGCCAUUUGCCCAUAGAGCUGGGUUUCCAUACAUGUUGAUAUCUAGUCAUUUUCUCCUGGCCCUAACUGAUUAUGACCACUGACCAGUCCUGUGUGUGUGUUUCAGGGUGAUGCUGUGAAGGACCUGAUGGUGCGUUUAAUGGGGGAGCAGGCAGCUAUGAAGAGACAGGUCCUUACAGCCAACUCAGUAGAGCAGUCCUUCCUGGGCCUCAAACAACUCAUUGUGAGUCACUGUGCGUGCAUGUUAAUGUGUUUGUGUGAACAGGUAUUUUAUACAUCUAUAUGUAACAGCCUUGUUGGAAACUUGGUUUACCCAUAAUCUUUUUGCCUUUGCAUUCCCCUCCAUUUGAAAGCAAUAGGUUGCACAGAAAACACUUGCAUUUGUACUUAUUCCGUGAGAGAAGGGUGUAAAUUGCUGUUUGCAUGUAGCAGAUAGAUACCCUUUCUAUGAUGACUACCUAGAGUAUGCCUCACCACCCUCAUUGAAUGGUUGUUAAUAGCGCAGGGCCAAAAAUAGCCUAUCAUUUCUCUGGUUCACCCACCUGUCUCCCCUAUCCCUCCAUAAAGCAUGGAAAUUAGUGAGUGAGUGAGUGAGUGAGUGAGUGAGUGAGUGAGUGAGUGAGUGAGUGAGUGAGUGAGUGAGUGAGAGACAGAGACUCCAGGCUUUUGAGUUCUCGCUGCUGAUGUCUAAUGCAUGGGAGCUCUUUUCAUAUUUCAAGGCCUUCUGCACCUGGCAGUGGGCUGCAGUCCGCCACGACUAGACACAGAGAUUGUGAGUGAGGCAGGUCUGUUGAAAUGUCAAUGGCCUUUGCUCCUCCACUGUGGCCCUCACAGCUCCAGCCUGUCAACCUGACACUGAUCAAAAGUUAUGAUUGAUUGCACUGAAUUUGAGACAGCUGGGUGGUUUGUUUUUCCAUUCACUCAGUGUAUGUUGGCAAGGUGUGUGUUAGUGGUAAUGGCCUACUUUUUUGACACUUUUUGCAUGCUUUAUGGGGAAGGGGGGGUUCUAUACUAUACUAUGCCCUAAAUGUAUAAUUAUAUAAAUUAUACAAUUGUAUAACAUUGAGGUCCUUCAAAAUUACUAUUAAGUGCUUGGAAAAGUCCCUAAAAUCCUAGAAUUUGAUUUGCCAAUGUAUAUUAGCCCUGCUUAAAGGAUGUAUGUGGUUGUGGACCUAUGUGGUUGUAUAGUUGGAGUUAUGGGCCAAUUUACAUAUAUUCACUUUCACACAUUCGGAACUGCAUGAAAAUCUUUUUUAUUUUUGUUUCAAACCAUUUUGAAAUGUUUAUCUAAAUGUCACACAUUGGCCCCAUUUGUUUAUAGAAAGACCCAUGUAUAGAUUAUGGUAAUUCAUCUUAACAGAACUUACUGAAUUCCCAUGUUCACUUGGUAGAAUAACUGUCCACACUUACUUUUCCUCAGCCAACAAGAUGAGUAAAGAACAGCAAGCUUUUGUCAACUAUCCCCCCAUAGUAGAAAAGUUUACCUAUUGUAUUGGUCAGCUUGUCGUUCUGUGCGAGAAAGAAAUUGACUAUUCCAAACCGACUCUGGGACAGUUGCAGUACGAUAGAGCCCAAAUUCAUACAACCAGUACAUCAAAAAAAAACUUUAAAAAGCAACGAGGCUGAUGCAACAGAUCAGAACGUUUAGCUUAAAAUGUUGAUCAGAUAUUAUCUCUUCACAUUAUAAGCGCAGCGAUGUGCACACGGCAGUAGCCUACGCACAAAUAUUUGUUCCAUAAUGCAAUUAGCGGGAAAACACUGUUGUCGAAACCUCACUGCACAUGCAAGUGGUUUCAUGUGACAGAGAUAAAAUAUCCAUAAGAAAUUUUGAAAAACUGGAGCUCUAAAGAUGCAAUAACUAGCAUGCCUACCGUUGUCUAUGCACUUGAAUGGCGAAUGGGAAGUGCGCUUCAAAUACCAGUUGAGAAAUAAAAAUAGUAGCUCUUUUUAAUCGUGGCCAUCAAAACAGUUUUUAACACGCGAUUGCAUUUAGAAUUGUGCAAUGAUUGGGCUUUAAAGCACAUGUUCACUCCAGCAGCAACAGGAUCUUUAGCAGCAGCUCUCGUGCUGUCUGACAGAUUUCCCGCUCUUUAUCUGUGUGCUCUGCACGUGUGAUAAAUAAGAAUCAUAACAACUAACGAAAGUACACACUCACCAAUUGAAUUCCUCAAAAUUAUGCAAAUUAAUCUAUAGACGAUAAGCAUGACCGGUCAAAUGUAUUUACGUUGAGUGGUAUUUCCAUCAAUGAAUAGGCUAAAAAGCAUUAUCUUGCAAUGGGAUUUUUUUUCUUCUCCCAGACAAUUGGCUUGCGCCAAUUUUAUUUAUCGGCUAUCAGAAACUCUGACGCGUGUGUGUGUGUGUGUGUGUGUGUGUGGUGUGUGUGUGUGUGUGUGUGUGUACAGCUAUGUGUACCCUGGGGUUGUAGUAACUAAUUAGAUGUGCCCUGUGGCUGUAUAGAGAUGUGUGUGAGUCUUCCCUCUGGCGUGUGUGUAGUGUGUGUCUUUGUCAGUGUGUGUGUGUACUCCAUCCUGAUUCUGGGGGCUGCUGGGAGCUGGCAGUGACUCAUGCUGCAGUGCCAGAGUGUGACUGCACCCACUGCCACCAAACUACUGCCACCACACUACUGCCACCACACUACUGCCACCACACUCCCUCUGAGAGAACACACAAAUGCUGGCUAUCACAGAUGGAGGGAGGAGCACAGAGAUUGUGGAAGGGAAGAACAGAGGAGAGGAGAGAUGGAGGAAGGACAAGAGAGAUGGGAAGGGAAGAAGAGAGCUAUUAGGCAGGGAAAGAAGAGAGAUGAGGGGAGGGGAAGCGAGGGAUAAAAAGAAGGAAACAGCCUCUGUGGAGAAGAGCGAGGCUUUGAGAACAGAUGCUGCGUUCUCUCUCUCCCCAUCCCCCACUGAUCCACAGCGCAGCUAAAAUGUUAUUAACACCAACUGUACAUACAAUAACUGAGUCCAAAUAUCAUAGCUACACAUUGACUUGAAAUGGAACUGACCCAAAUCCUGUAGAAUGUUGGUGUUUUCGAGGGAGAGCCAGGUCCUCUUUCUCUCUGCUUGGUUAGCUGUCCUCUAUCCCUCAGGGUGUCUCUCUCUCUCCCUCCCAUCCCUCUCUCUAUCCUUCCUUUGAGAGCUAGUGACCUGUCUGUCCUCUCCCCUGAGUCGGCUCGUCAGCAUUUCCCCUCUUGCUCAGCAGGGCUCAGGGACUUUACUUUUCUCUCUCUUCACUCCCUCGCUCUCAUCCCUUCCUCAUUUCCUCUGAGGCUGUUGUGACCUGUCUCUCCUCAGUCUCUUGUGGCCAAUGUCAGCUGGCCAAUGCCCCCGCUUGCUCAGCAUUACCCAUGGCCUCUGUCUCCAUCUCUCCCUCUGGUGACCUGUCUCCCCUCUCUCUCUCCCCAUAGUGAUAUUGGCCAAGGGCUUAUAUUUAUCUCAUCUCUCUCCCUCCAGUGACCUGUCUCCUCUCUCUCCCUGUGGCUGGUCAGCGUCCCCGCUCUCUCAGCAGGGCCCAGGCCUGGCUAAUAUGUCAUUCUGAUUAACCACCUCUCUCCUUCCUUCUCUCCAUCCCUCUCACUCUCUUCCUCUGGGGCUGAUGACCUCCCUCUCCUCCUAGUGUGCUGGUGUCUGGGCCUGGGGCCUGUCUGUGCCGGGGCCAUAUGUCCAGUGGAGGAAGGAGGCCGGGGGAGUUAUGAUUAGCAUCAUCCCCACCUUCCUCCCACCUUGGCUGGGUCAGCCUUGGCCUUGAUGCUCCCUCCACUCUGUAACCACAAUGACCUGCAUUAUACAGUAGCUACCUGAAGGUGUGCAGCAGAGUUGUCAUUAACUCAACCCAUUACAACAUCGAGACCUGGACUAGCUGUGUCAGCGGUUUGUCGUAGGCUAUAGCAGUCAGUGCUUUUCAGCGCUGGUCCUGGGCAUAAGCACUGGCCAUGUAGAUACAGCUAGGUACAGAGUUUUGUAAAGGGAGAAUGAGGCCUUUAAAUCCAUCUGUGGACAAUGUCAUCAAACACUGUCUAUCAGUGACUGACUGAUGUCACCCAAAGUAGCUCUGUUCAGAACUCUCCCAGAGACAGCCAUUAUAGGUUUAUACAGAGUUGCUAUGCAAUCCCUAAGCUAGUUACUUCACAAAGUUACAUCGCAUAUUAUCGAUUCUAUUGUCCCAGGGCUCUAGAUGUCUGGAUCCCUUCAAAAAUAAACUCCUAUGGUCUUUAGAACAGUCAGCAAGUCAGUCCAUCCUCUGGCCUGGAGGCAAAGCCCUGGACUGGCACUCAGGGCCACUGAUACAAGGCCUACAGCCCUUCAACAAACCAUCAGACAGGUUAGCCACUAAAAACGCCUUAGAGAUGCUAGCGUGUUUUGCAUACUGCCUUUCUUUUGUCUCUGCACUCUGUAUUAAUUCAAAAUGCUGGGGCUAAAUUGAGGUGGCACAGGAGCUUAGUUUGUUAGGCAGAACAGGGCCCACAACAGGGCGAGUAGCCUUUCUACUGUGUUUGGCUGGAGGCUGGCGUCUCACGAGAGCCCUUGCAGUGGGUGUGCAGUGAGCUUUGCUUCAGGGAGUUUUUAGUUCACCAAAGGAAAAUCUCUGAACUUGUGAUCUUCAACACAAUUAAGAAUCCUCACCCCUUUUAAACCCAUGAUGCUGCUAAUUGCAAAUACAGUCUUGUGUGUUUAUGUGUGUUUGUAUGAGUAGGGAAUCCAGUCAUAUUCUAUUGAAGUAGUAGGCUGUAGUGAAGUCUCUCUGUUCUUCUCCUAUGGGGUGGGGAUGGAGCUCCCUGGCGGGUGCCCAAGGCCUGAUUGGUUUCACUGGCUCUGGAGUCACUCGCUGUUGCCCCUCAGAACUGUGGCUAGUCAAACAGAGCAUGAUCUGACACUAGCUGACUUGUCAUCCUCUUGGUUAUCUCUCCCCCAGCUGUGUGCGUGCAUGAGUGCAUGCACACGUCUGUAGUACUCACAAGGGCUUCUGUUGAACCUUUUAAAUCAGGUGAAUAAAAAGGGAUGAGCUGAAAUGAAGUUGAUUCCCCUGCCUCCCAGUGUUUGUGUGCGAACACGAUGCAUGCAAACUGUGGCUAAUCCACUUCCUUCCCCAGUGUGAGAGACGGGAGUGUUAAUUUAGGCCUGCACUGUGGCCCUGCUCAGUACACAUUCUGUGUUGAUCUGCAUUUCCUCAUUAAAUAACACCCAAUAUAAUCAGCACCUUAUCUAUCUUAAUGCAUUCUCAUUUGAUUUAGGGGGAUCUGAUUGUCACUUAUUGCAGAGUAAUAUGAGCGGAGCUAAAUUAUACUGAAAAAUAUAUAAACACAGCAUGUCAAUUGUUGGUCCCAUGUGUCAUAACCUGAAAUAAAAGAUCCCAUAAAUGUUCCAUACACACAAAAACCUUAUUUCUCUCAAAUGUUGUGCACAAAUUUGUUUACAUCCCUGUUAGUGAGCAUAUGUGUAUUCCCAGUCGUGAAAUACAUAGACUAGGGCCUAAUGCAUUUAUUUAAAUUAACUGAUUUCCUUCUAUGAACUGUAACUCAGUAAAAUCAAAAUUGUAUUUGUCACAUGUUGCGUUUAUAUUUUUGUUCAGUAUAUUAAUCAUGCCAUAUCACACUUCCAUCUCUUCUAAUUGAAAUGACUCACACCUGGGAUUCACCAUUCUAUUAUUGAUGAUGUUGGGUGUUUGGGUAUGCAUGGGUGGGGUGGCACUCACUUAUAUCAGUCACUAGCCUUGGGGUCGUUCCACACCCACCAUCUCAGAUUGUUCUGAAAUCAUUUCUGUAGUUAGAAACAUAAGAUUAGCAUCCCUGCAACAUUAUUUUGUUGGAAAAUAAUUUGAUCUCUGAGAAAUUAAGCUAAUUGAUUGCACCCAAAUUAGACAUUUUAAUUUAUAGGAUUCAUAUAAUAUCAAUAAAUAUAGUACCUAGCGUCGGAUUUGGACCUAACGUUUUUUCUAACAAUGAGUUAGACAUGAGGAAUCUAAAUGGUCAAAAGCCACCCAUGGAUCCCCCACCCCCCACACCAAACCCACCCCAACAAUGAGUAUCAGUUGCAGGAAUGCUACAUCUUUUCUGUUUCUAACAACAGAAACAAUUUAGGAGCCAUCUAGAUGGUGGGUGUCAAUCAUCUUUCUUGUGCUUUUUGAGGUGGAACGACCCCUUGUAGAAAACCCUUAGAGUCCCUCUCCUGAACACUAACUCACAGCCCUCUCUAACUCUUGAAACAGGUAGCCUACCUGCCCCCAACUCUGCCUACCUCACCCUGCAGGGAGCAGAGGUGGGGAAUGGGUCCCCAUUGUUUACAGGCUACAUUACCAAUAGUUCCCUCCUUUGUGAAGUUGUGUGUGUGUGUGUGCCUGUAUUGGGUGGGAAAUAAAGUGUGAAUUGUAGGCUAUCCCUGUCUUCUGCUGGUCAUUAUCAGUCCUCUUACUGCCAAUACUAAACCGGCACCUCUUUCGGAGACCACCGGCCAACAGGUGGUGCUCUUUUUCAAGCCGACUUGCGACUUGGUGCCACUACAUUAUGGGAUAUGGUUGAUAUACUAAGGGUGGUGUGAGGGUAUGUACAGUGGGGAGAACAAGUACAUUUACAUUUACAUUUUAGUCAUUUAGCAGACGCUCUUAUCCAGAGCGACUUACAGUUAGUGAAUACAUUUUUUUUUUUUUUUUUUUUUUAUACUGGCCCCCCGUGGGAAUCGAACCCACAACCCUGGCGUUGCAAACGCCAUGCUCUAUCAACUGAGCUACAUCCCUGCCGGCCAUUCCCUCCCCUACCCUGGACGACGCUGGGCCGAUUGUGCGCCGCCCAUGAGUCUCCCGGUCGCGGCCGGCUGCGACAGAGCCUGGAUUCGAACCAGGAUCUCUAGUAGCACAGUUAGCGCUGCGAUGCAGUGCCUUAGACCACUGCGCCACUCAGGAGACAUACACUGCCAAUUUUGCAGGUUUUCCUACUUACAAAGCAUGUAGAGGUCUGUAAUUUUUAUCAUAGGUACACUUCAACUGUGAGAGACGGAAUCUAAAACAAAAAUCCAGAAAAUCACAUUGUAUGAUUUUUAAGUAAUUAAUUUGCAUUUUAUUGCAUGACAUAAGUAUUUGAUACAUCAGAAAAGCAGAACUUAAUAUUUGGUACAGAAACCUUUGUUUGCAAUUACAGAGAUCAUACGUUUCCUGUAGGUCUUGACCAGGUUUGCACACACUGCAGCAGGGAUUUUGGCUCACUCCUCUAUACAGACCUUCUCCAGAUCCUUCAGGUUUCGGGGCUGUUGCUGGGCAAUACGGACCACUCCAGGACCUUGAGAUGCUUCUUACGGAGCCACUCCUUAGUUGCCCUGGCUGUGUGUUUCGGGUCGUUGUCAUGCUGGAAGACCCAGCCACGACCCAUCUUCAAUGCUCUUACUGAGGGAAGGAGGUUGUUGGCCAAGAUCUCGCGAUACAUGGCCCCAUCCAUCCUCCACUCAAUACGGUGCAGUCGUCCUGUCCCCUUUGCAAAAAAGCAUCCCCAAAGAAUUAUGUUUCCACCUCCAUGCUUCACGGUUGGGAUGGUGUUCUUGGGGUUGUACUCAUCCUUCUUCUUCCUCCAAACACGGCGAGUGGAGUUUAGACCAAAAAGCUCUAUUUUUGUCUCAUCAGACCACAUGACCUUCUCCCAUUCCUCCUCUGGAUCAUCCAGAUGGUCAUUGGCAAACUUCAGAUGGGCCUGGACAUGCGCUGGCUUGAGCAGGGGGACCUUGCGUGCGCUGCAGGAUUUUAAUCCAUGACGGCGUAGUGUGUUACUAAUGUUUUUCUUUGAGACUGUGGUCCCAGCUCUCUUCAGGUCAUUGACCAGGUCCUGCCAUGUAGUUCUGGGCUGACCCCUCACCUUCCUCAUGAUCAUUGAUGCCCCACAAGGUGAGAUCUUGCAUGGAGCCCCAGACCGAGGGUGAUUGACCGUCAUCUUGAACUUCUUCCAUUUUCUAAUAAUUGCACCAACAGUUGUUGCCUUCUCACCAAGCUGCUUGCCUAUUGUCCUGUAGCCCAUCCCAGCCUUGUGCAGGUCUACAAUUUUAUCCCUGAUGUCCUUACACAGCUCUCUGGUCUUGGCCAUUGUGGAGAGGUUGGAGUCUGUUUGAUUGAGUGUGUGGACAGGUGUCUUUUAUACAGGUAACGAGUUCAAACAGGUGCAGUUAAUACAGGUAAUGAGUGGAGAACAGGAGGGCUUCUUAAAGAAAAACUAACAGGUCUGUGAGAGCCGGAAUUCUUACUGGUUGGUAGGUGAUCAAAUACGUAUGUCAUGCAAUAAAAUGCAAAUUAAUUACUUAAAAAUCAUACAAUGUGAUUUUCUGGAUUUUUGUUUUAGAUUCCGUCUCUCACAGUUGAAGUGUACCUUUGAUAAAAUUACAGACCUCUACAUGUUUUGUAAGUAGGAAAACCUGCAAAAUCGGCAGUGUAUCAAAUACUUGUUCUCCCCACUGUAUGUACAGUAUAGUUUUGCAAAAUUCUGGUAACUUUCCGAAAAUUGUCCGGGGACUGCCGUGGGUUCUGUCUCAGUGGCUGCAGCUGCUUCUGGCCAUCUCCAUGCCUCUCGCUUUCAGCUUCAUUUCACCCACUAAUUAAGAUUUAGAGGCACCAGGGACACUGGCAUGGAGGAAGGGGACAGGCUAAAGGGGAGAGGGACUGUAUCUGUGAAAGAGUGAGAGCGAAAGCAAGGGAGGAAAAGAGAUAAAGGAGGGGGGAGAAAGGAUGUCUUUCAUUGUCCCAGUGAAAUGGUCAUCACUAAUUAACACAGCCACAAAGUCAAAAUUGGCUACAAGAAUUUAGGCGUAAGGUUUAAAAUAAAAAUAAAUGGGUUGGGAUUAGCCAUAAUUAUGACUUUGUGCCUGUGUUAACUAGUGACAACCCAGUGUAAUCUCCCAUGAUGGAACACCACAUGUGCUCCAGUAUAGGAAAAAGCUGUCUGUUGUGACUGGGCUCUCUCUCCUCUAUUCACUCACUCAAUAGAUCUAGCUUGCCUUCCUUUCCCCUCUCUGUUCUUCUAUUCUCAUUUCACCCCCCCCCCUCCCCCCUCUCUGUUUUAUGUGUAAUCCUCUGCUACCUAAUUAGGUGGCUGGCUGUGAUGAAUGGCCGUGCAGUGAAAACCCAAUCUCUGGGCUGACCUUGUCAUCCUUACUGAUUGGGAGGCUCAACUAUACACACCCUCUUAUGUCCCUCAGUCCCCUGUCUUUGGCUGCCCCGGCCCUUACCCCUAAUACCACCAGUCAUAAACUCACUUGACAAUGCUAUGGUUGGCAUCUCUGGUUGGUUGAUUUUAGGGGUCACUGUGUCCAGUGUGUGUGUGCCUGUCCUCUUACCUUGUGUGUUGGUUUUGUUGAACGGCUCCUCUGUCCCUGUAGAGCACGAAGAACUGGCGUGCUGCGGUGGACCUGACAGGCAGACUGUUGACAGCUCAUGGUCAGGGCUACGGUAAGGCUGGCCAGCCCACCAGCCACACCACUGACUCACUACAGGUACCUGUCUGUCUGUCUGUCUAUGUUUCUGUUUGUCUUUGGCAAUACAAGUGCAAUACUGGUGCACAUGUCUGUAUGUGUGAGAGUGGUUUAUGUGUGUUGUCAUGUAUCUGUUCAUGUAUGUAGCUAAGUGUCGGUACAGUUUGUCUGGGGAAUAGAGGUAAGUCUAACGUGAGAGGAGAGGAGAGGAGAGGAGAGGAGAGAAUGGGGGUGGAAGCCAGGAGCUGCCUGCAUGAAUUACACUCAGGAUGACAAGAGUGGGCUGACAAACACACACCACUCCACACAUUCACAGAGAGGAUGGGGGAAACAGGCUAGGAACACACGCAGGAUGACAGGAGCGGCCUGAUAUGCAUACACAUAUAUUUAAGGUUCUAUAUAUAUGUGUGUGUUGUUGCAGCUGUGGUUUGUUCGCCUGGCCCUGCUCACCAAGCUGAGCCUGUUCCAGAAUGCUGAAAUGGAACUGGAGCCGUUUGGAAACGUGGACCAACCUGACCUCUACUAUGAAUACUACCCUACCGUAUACCCUGGGAGGAGAGGUACACACACACACCAUCUAUACUUAAAAUAAUAACCAAACGCCCUGAUCAAACCAUAGAAAUACCCCAGCCCUGCUAACAACCAAAGACAACACUUUAUUUCAUUGCCACUGUUGUUUUUUCCUUUUAACUCUGCAUGAACAGCUCUCUGAUGUAGUGCCAUUGCUUUAGUCUUUACAGCCCUAGGGGUUACUAUAGUAGAGGCAAUCGCUGUAGAGUCAUGGCCGUGGACACACACACACACACACAGAGAGAGAGAGAGAACCGAGGUGAACGCUUGAAGCUACACCAUACAGCUGUCCAAGGGGAGAGCAGAUUGAAUUUCCAUUCCUCAAUAUGAAAUGCUUUGUGCUGCCCCAGGUGCCUCCAGAUACUGGCAACAGUUUCCUGCCUGGCAUAAAAGAUUAACAUCUGAAGGUCUGCUGCCCCCAUCCAAUAUCUAUUAUCCAUGAUCUAACUCUUAGAAGGAACAUUAGUGAGCGCCAAGCAUCUCCUCUCAAACAACAAGCAGGAUAUACUGUGUAAAAAAAACGGAAUCGGUUAUUAAUUUGUUUUAAAGGUAACUUGAAUUAUUAUUUUAUUUUAUCUGCAUCAACAAGUCAUAGGUUCUCGCUAAAUGAUGGGAUGUACUUUCAUUUAGUUCACUCAUUCUACACGAAGCCGACAGGUCAGAUGUUUCUUUAAGUCAUCAGGAUGAAACGAGUUUAACCCCUGACCCUUACUACUCCAGAACAUGGAUGUUCUCUCUGUGACAUCACUGUAAAGCUGUAGAUGGAGGAGUCGUUGGUGUUUUCAUGGGUGCUGCUGAUUACCAGAGAACCUCUACACAGACAGACCGACAGAGGGAGAGAGAGACUGACAGACAGACAGACCGAGAGGGUGCUUUCUCUGUAGCUAUCAAAGAGCCCAGAGAUAAAAGGCUCAAAGCUCAGGCACACGUAUCACUGCUCACCUCUAGGUAGGGCCUUCGUUCCUCAGGGAGAGGAGAAAGGGGUGGGAGGUAGAGAGAUGGAGAAAGAGAGGAAGAGAGUGUUAGAGAGAAGAGGCUUCCUGCUUUGCAACACACGUUUCUCAACGCCAUCUGUACGUUUCAUCUGUGGGAGUUUGAAAAUGACAUAUGUGUGAAGAUUCUCUUCUCUCUCUCUUCCUCUCUCAGGCUCCAUGGUUCCGUUCUCAAUGCGGGUGCUGCAUGCAGAGCUGCCUCAGUACCUGGGGAAACCACAGGAGUCUCUGGACAGACUACACAGCAUGAGGACCGUCUGUCAGACCGUGAGUUCACGCACACCAACUUUCUAUCGUGUCCUCUCUCGCUUUUGUUUUCUUCCAAUAAAGUUAGUGAUGCAUUGAAAAAUAAUGACUACCUUGUUACAGUGUGUCCCAUUUUUAAAACUCUGUCUCUCCUGGUAGAUCCUGGAUAACCUAGAGCAGGGCUUGGCUGAGGACGGCAGUAUGAUCAACCUCACCCAGGAGAACAGACAAGGUACAACACAGUGUCUAGUUCCCACCCAUCCCACACUAUCAGACAGACUAGUGUAAACCCACGCUCAAUACCCAGUGUUAUUCGCAUCAACCUCAACCAUCCUCUUCCCAGUGAUCCACUAAUUUGCUGUCAGACCUUUGUUUUAUAUGAAAGGAACUUAUUAAAUGGGCAUAGAUCAUUAAGACAGUUGGUUUUGGGUCGUGACAAAUCAAUCAAUACAUAAGACAUGGCUAAGUGCACCAAAACUUUUCAAUAAUUGGUUCAACUUACUGUUCAGAUGCAGAGGGAUCUGGUAGUUGCAUCUCACACUCCUUUGUCAGUCUCUCUCUCUGCUUCUCUUCCUACGCACUCAAUAACAAAGAGUUGCGCAUCUCAAUAGACCCCCACUGAGUGAUUGCCUCAGUCAGCUGAACACACACACACACAGGUUCACUACACACUCCUACAGUUAUACACACACACAAUGAUAUGUCUGUACACACUACACACAAUCCGGUCCGUACACAUUCACGCAUAUGAACACACACACACCCUGCUGCAGAUGAGUGCAAACAAGCCCACUGACAGCCUAUACAAUCAGCCUGAGGAUAGAAAGAGUGAGUGUGUGGGAGAGGGAGUUGCAUUGUCUUCUUUCCCUCUCUUCUCAGACAAAUAAUGAUGGUUUGGAAGGUGAUGGAAAUACUAGUGUGAUGAGGGGAGGGGUAGUUGGAUAGAGCGAUGAGAGAGAAAUGGAAGGGGGUGCUGAAUUUCCUCUUUCAUGCUUCUGCUAUGUGUUAUAGUCAACUCUAUUUUUGUACAGUGAAAUAUUGAAUAAAUGUAUGGUCCCACAAUGCUAAAAUUGCCCAGAUAAAUAAAUCAACAGGUCUGAAAUGAAACCAAUGUGUCCUCCUGUGUUGCAGCAUCUCUUCAGCUGUGGAGGUCUCGUCUGAGUCGGGUCAUGUACGCCAUGGCUAACUGUCUGCUCAUGAUGAAGGUAUGUGUUCUGUGUAUGGGUGUGUGGGGUGGGGACUAACGGCAGCACAGAGCUACCAUAGUCCCCUCUGUGUGUAUGUGCAUACACACACCAACUCUAACACACACAUUCAUUGACGUACUUACACACAUGCUUUCACACAUUCCUUCAUGCCCAGUCACAUAUUCACACACAUGCCCGUCCAUGGCUGUCAGGAAGCUAGCGGAGGGAGUUAGAGGAAUGGAUAACGACUAGCAAGACACAUGUACAGACAAAUCAAAUCAAUUUGUAUUUGUCACAUACGUGUUUAGCAGAUAUUAUUGUGGGUGUAGCGAAACGCUUGUGUUUCUAGCUCCAACAGUGCAGUAAUAUCUAACAAGUAAUAUCUAACAGUUUCACAACAUAUACCCAAUACACACAAAUCUGAGUAAGGAAUGGAAUUAAGAAUAUAUACAUGCAUCCCAUAUAGAUUGCAAAAUAGUUGGGAAGAGAUCUUUGACGUACCGAUCCCAUGGCAUAGUGUUUAUGAACUGACACGCAAAACGACACCGGAUUCAAACAUUUUUAACUUUAAAUUUAAAUUAUUAUAUAAAAUUCUUGCUACCAAUAGAAUGUUAUUUAUAUGGGGGAUACAAUCUUCCCAGCUCUGCAGAUUUUGCUGUGAAGAGACAGAAUCAUUAGAUCAUUUGUUUUGGUUCUGUCCAUUUGUAGCUUGUUUUUGGACACAGGUCCAGGAAUGGCUAAAGGAUUGCAAUAUUUACCUGGAGCUAACCUUGCAGAUAGCAUUACUGGGUGAUCUGAAAAGUCAUAGUCAAUCAAUCAAAAAUAUAAUAAUACUUUUAGCAAAAAUGUUUAUUUUUAAUUCAGAAUCUGUAGAAGCAAUGAGAAUAGAAAGGUUCAGAACUUUUGUAAAACAUCACAGUACGGUUGAAAUAAAUAUGGCAAAUAGAAAUCCUAUAUGGAUGGUGUUAAGAGAUAGAUGGGAGGUAUUGAAUAGAGUUGAAGGAUGGGACUAAUAACAAAUAACAACAAAUAAUAACAAAGAUAGCUAAUAAUGUAAGCAUACUGUGUCCAUAAUAAGUAUAUAGGUUGUAUGUUGGGAGCUUUUGGGAAAGAGCACAGUUAGAAAGAUAUGGCAUAUAGAAGCAAACCGGAUGGACAUCAUGAAAAUGAUCGGAGAGGUUGAGAGUAGAAGUAGUUCAGGAGCAAAAAAAAAUAUAUAUAUAUAUAUACACACACACACACACACACACACAGUGGGGAGAACAAGUAUUUGAUACACUGCCGAUUUUGCAUGUUUUCCUACUUACAAUGCAUGUAGAGGUCUGUCAUUUUUAUCAUAGGUACACUUCAACUGUGAGAGACGGAAUCUAAAACAAAAUCCAGAAAAUCACAUUGUAUGAUUUUUAAGUAAUUAAUUUGCAUUUUAUUGCAUGACAUAAGUAUUUGAUCACCUACCAACCAGUAAGAAUUCCGGCUCUCACAAACCUGUUAGUUUUUCUUUAAGAAGCCCUCCUGUUCUCCACUCAUUCUCCACUCAUUACCUGUAUUAACUGCACCUGUUUGAACUCGUUACCUGUAUAAAAGACACCUGUCCACACACUCAAAACAGACUCCAACCUCUCCACAAUGGCCAAGACCAGAGAGCUGUGUAAGGACAUCAGGGAUACAAUUGUAGACCUGCACAGGGCUUGGAUGGGCUACAGGACAAUAGGCUAGCAGUUUGGUGAGAAGGCAACAACUGUUGGCGCAAUUAUUAGAAAAUGGAAGAAGUUCAAGAUGACGGUCAAUCACCCUCGGUCUGGUGCUCCAUGCAUGAUCUCACCUCAUGGGGCAUCAAUGAUCAUGAGGAAGGUGAGGGAUCAGCCCAGAACUACACGGCAGGACCUGGUCAAUGACCUGAAGAGAGCUGGGACCACAGUCUCAAAGAAAACCAUUAGUAACACACUACGCCGUCAUGGAUUAAAAUCCUGCAGCGCACGCAAGGUCCCCCUGCUCAAGCCAGCGCAUGUCCAGGCCCAUCUGAAGUUUGCCAAUGACCAUCUGGAUGAUCCAGAGGAGGAAUGGGAGAAGGUCAUGUGGUCAUCAGACCAUCCGUCUGUGAGCUGAAGCGCAGCUGUGUCAUGCAGCAAGACAAUGAUCUAAAACACACAAUCAAGUCUACAUGAAAAUUGCUAAAAAGCAACAAAUUUGAAGUUUUUGAAUGGCCUAGUCAAAGUCCAGACCUAAUCCCAAUUGAGAUGUUGUGGCAGGACAUGAAACGAGCAGUUCAUGCUUGAAAACCCACACGUCACUGAGUUAAAGCAGUUCUGCAUGGAAGAGUGGGCCAAAAUUCCUUCACAGCGACGUGAGAGACUGAUCAACAACUGCAGGAAGCAUUUGGUUGGAGUCAUUGCAGCUAAAGGUGGCACAACCAGUUAUUGACUGUAAGGGGGCAAUUACUUUUUCACACAGGGGAAUUGGGUGUUGCAUAACUUUGUUUAUGAAAUAAAUAUGUAAUUGUUGUGUUAUUUGUUCACUUAUGUUCCCUUUAUCUAAUAUUAGGGUUUGGUUGAAGAUCUGAUAACAUUCAGUAUCACAAAUAUGCAAAAGUAGAGAAAAUUAGAAAGGGGGCAAAUACUUUUUCAUAGCACUGUAUAUGGACGAGCAAUGACAGCGGCAUGGACUAAGAUACAGUAGAAUAUUAUAGAAUACAGUAUAUACAUAUGAGAUGAGUAAUGCAAGAUAUGUAAACAUUAUUAAAGUGACUAGUGUUCUAUUUCAAUGGCUAAUAAAGGCUUAUUGGGUUUUAGCAGCAUUGUUUUGGUGCAUAGUGAGUAAGUGUGUUAGGAGAAUUAUUUUCAGGUGUGUGUUGUAUUAUAUAAGGAGAGAUGCUGUUUGUCUGGUUCAGUCCUCUUCAUUCCAGCCCUCUGUCUAGACACAUGCUGACAGUGGAACAGCCAGGUGGAUGCUAGCCUGAGCAUAUCCUGCACCAAGACACUGUGUCUGUUCUGCCGGUUCAAAACAUCUUCUUCAAUAUCAUCACCCAGAGUCUAGACCAAAUGAGGAAACGGUGAAACCCAAAGCUAUCAUGUACCAGAACCACCAUUCUGGUUGAUCUAUCAUGGAUUGGAGUUGUAAUGUCAUUGACAGAUGCAGAGUAACCCAGUGUUCACCUGACACACACACACACACAAGACAUUUGACAAGUUCCUUUGAUGAAGACGGCAUUCAUCAUGUUUAAUGUACUUCUAUACCAGGGUUAUUCAACUCUUACCCUACGAGGUCCGGAGCCUCCUGGUUUUCUGUUCUACCUGAUAAUUAAUUGCACCCACCUGGUGUCCCAGGUCUAAAUCAGUCCAUGAUUAGAGGGGAACAAUGAAAGAAAUGCAGUGUUGAGUUGAGUUUGAGGGCUCUAUACUUUACUAGAGAAUGCUGUCUAAUAAUGUUGCUUGUUCUUUCCUAGUGAUAGUUGUGUGUAAAUGUUGUUUGUGUUGGUCUGUAGAUGUAUGAUGGCAGACCACAGGCUUCCCAGUAAUAUCCCAUAGGAUCACGCUGAUUGGAUUCUUUGUUAGUGGGAGAUGGAGAAAUAGAGGGACAGAGGGAAAGUGGGAGAGUGUGUUCUGUACGGGGACCAUAGAGAGAGACACAGUGCCAUCUGCUGGUGGUAGCAUGGAUGUAAACACAUACCAACUCACUGACCCGACCCCUCUCCCAUCCCCAGAUACAUAGCAGCCGUGCUCAGCUCAGCAGUUCAGUCAGCAUGUGAGCGAUGUGAUGUGUGGCAGAGAACAGCCAUGGCUGGGGCACGGUGUGACCAGGGACACCUCGCCCUACUAAUGGUCAAUACACUUGAUUAAUUCUCUCUCCCUCUCUCUUUCUCUCUCUCCCACUCUGUGUGUGUCUCUCGCUCUCUUUCUCUAGGACUAUGUUCUGGCUGUAGAGACAUAUCACUCCAUCAUCCAGUACGAGCCCCAGCAGAGAGUGCAGCUGCUGAGUGGGAUAGGACGCAUAUUCCUGCAGGUGAACACACACACCUAUCUCUAUCAAUUACAACUAUUUUUUCCACAACAUAAUGCGUUUUGGUUUUAAUUGUUAUUUCUGACCAGAUUGGAGACAUUAAAACAGCCGAGAAGUAUUUCCUAGAUGUGGAGAAAGCCUCUCUAGAGAAGGGAAGUGGAACUAUAGACACAUGCGUUUUGAUGAACAGGUACGAAUCAGUGUGUGUGUCAUAAAUAAUGAAACUAUUUCUGAGAUUAAUUUAUCUGUACUUCUAUCAGACUACCUUCACAGUUGUAGGGUGUAAGUAGGCACAGGGGUCACACUUUUAUUUGCCACUUUGUGAUGCUUUGCUAGGAGACAAAAUGGUGCCAUUCACACUGUGUUGAUUCACAUUAGCUGUUAAUUCCUGUCAGUUGGCCGACUGUCACAUCUUCACACAGAAUCAUUGUAAUGAGAUAGGUCUCUGUAGUAACCCAGCCGACCUGUGUGUGUGUGUUGUGUGGUUCAGGGCCUUCAUCUACCUCAGUCAGAACAACUACUCAGAGGCACACUCCUCGUUCGCAGAGGUCCUGAAGAUCGACCCCAAAAACCCAGUGGUAUGUGAUCACGCAAUCUACAACAAUUUAUGACAACUAUACUUGAUUAACAGACAAACACAUUUUCUAGGAUACAUCGGAAGUUUUACUUUCCUAGAGACUGUAAAUGAAUGAAUGCACGCUAGUUUGAGGCAGAUCUCUCCCCUCGACUGCAUGAUAUUUCCCCUCUCCUCAGGCAAGAAAACAGCCUCCCUUUCUUCCCCUUAGGCAAUAACAGUGUCUUCUCCCUAGACAAAUAACGCCUUUCUUCCCUCUCUCUCCUCUGUGCAGAGCUCUUCUCCUUUCUUCCUCAGGCGAAUUACUCUCCUCUCCUUCUCUGUAGAUUAAUAACAUUUCCCCACUCUCUUCAAGCCUUUGUCCCCUCUCCUCUCUUCAAACAUAUGCCCUCUUUCCUCUAGCUGCAGGCAAAUAACUCCUUUUUGCUUUCUCCCCUCUCUAUGCCGACAUACCCAUAUUAAAAUAUACUAUGCGCUAAAUACUGUAGUAUUACUAUAUUUAUAUACUAUAGUAUAGUAUUCACUGUAGUGUUUUUGUGGACAUGACUGUAAAGUUUACUAUAGUAUAAAUACUGUAGUAAAAUCUAUAGCAUAUACUAUAGUAAUUACUGUAGUGUUUUUGUGGAUUUUACUGUAGUAUUUACUAUAGUGUGUUUUGUUUUAUUAUCUUUGACAUAGAAGUAGGGGCUUUCUCCUUGAGGAAACCUACUGGGCAAAUACUAAGAGCAAAUUUUGCAUAAAAUGUAGGUAGGACUGGAGUCUGAACUGAUGGUUCAGAGCUUCUGCUCCUUUCUAUAACCUAUAGCGAACACAAUAUGAUCUGUACUUGGCAUGUAGGUUUCUCACUCAUGGGUGGCACAAAUUUGGAUAUGGGGAAUGCAUAUGCAAUUUUAAUUUUUUUAGUAUUACUAUAGUUACAUAUUUUGGCGGACAUUACUGUAGUAUAGAUGGGUUGGUUGUUUAGCAACAAAACCGAUGCGUGCACAACUAUGGGGCAAAACAGACGUGGUUGGCUUAGACUGUUGACAUGUAAACUAUAUUUAGUCUCCAAUGUUUAUUGAAAACAUAAAUACAUUUGCACAAGAAGCACUUGUCUCUCAAAUACAUCAUUACAGUUGUUGGUUAGCUAGCUAGCGAUUUUUUUUUGCAAUAUUAGCACAUGAAAUCAGUCAAAACACCUCAAAACAAGACGUGGUAUCAAGAACAAGAUGAAACUAUCUGAAACAAAUCACAAUUCUCCACAUGGCAGUUUCUUGUCAUUGUUGGGAGCUAUCUAGCCAUCCAGAAUCACAACAACUCACGGACGUCUGCCCCGUUUGAAGCGUGUGCAUCGGUAUCAUGACAUUAUCAGCUAACCCAUCUAUUUACUACAGUGUUUUUUGCAGAUAAUACUGUAGUAUUAAAUAUAGUAUUCUCCAGUAUACUACACAAUUCUAAAGUAAGCACUACACGUGAUCAAGGGAUACUACAGUAGUAUAGUAUUCUACAGUUUACUAUAGAAUUUUAUAGUAAGUACUAAAGUAUUCUAUUGUAAACUGUAUAAUUUUUUAUGUGGGUACCUUUCUCCUUUCAGUAGAGUAAUACCACUGCUUUCCCUUCUCUUCUGAGGACUUUCUGGCCUCUUCCUCUCCCCGCAGGCCAACAACCACUCUCUCUCCUCUCCCCUACAGGCGAAUAACAAUGCAGCAGUGUGCCUGUUGUACCUGGGCCGUCUGAAGGAGUCCCUGAGACAGCUGGAGGGCCUGGUGCAACAGGACCCAGCCCUGUACCUCCACGAGAGCGUCCUCUUCAACCUGACCACCAUGUACGAGCUGGAGUCCUCCCGCUCCACCCAGAAGAAACAGGCCUUGCUGGAGUCAGUGGCGUGCCGAGAGGGAGACAGCUUCAACACACAGUGCCUCAAACUGGUGUAGAGGGAACCAGGGAGGUAUGGGACCCUUGUAGGUCACAAGAUUAGAACAAAACAAUUGCAAGAACAGGGGGCCAUCAGGAGUGCGGCCUAGGCUUGAGUGUCAUUACACUCCACUAAACAACAUGGGCAUUACCCUACCUGAACUCCAGUUCAGGCACACACAACUGUCCUCACAGCGCAGGCAAAUCCACUCCCCAUAUUAUACUAGUAGUGAUGGAAAUGAUCAUGAUUGUGUAACACUAAUAUCACAAGUGAAUGCUGAUAGGAUAUGUAUGUGAAUACAUACAGUACAAUGUUUUUAGACAAGGCAGACAUUUUGUAUUCCUGUGUGAUUAACACCUGUGUAAAUCAACCUGAAAUCAUGUUACUUUACCCUGAUCUGUUACUUUGUCCUGUAAAAUCAACCACACUUAAAGGGUCUUCUGUAACUUUUGAAUUGAGGGUCAAUGAUUGACUUGGCUCAGGAUACACCCCUCUCCACAAAACAAAAGGAAUGUAAAAUAGAUAUGAAUAAUUAAAAACUGUACAUAUAUUAUAAGUAGGGAAAAUAUAUUAAUGUAAAAAGUGUUAUUGUAUUAAAUUACUUCAUUAAAAUGACUUGUUGAAUUAUCCUAAUGAUCUCUUAAGUAUAACUGCUUGUUUACAUGUUGACCUGAUUUUGUUUGUGUACUGUAUUGCUCUAGAUAUGAGAAAAGGAAUGUUGUUUAUCUAAAUAAACUGAACUUGGUGUUGACCUUUUACCAUGGUUAUUGAUUGAGACAAACAGACUUGUGACGAUCAAUUACUAUAGAAGAAUGAAAAGAU